AUGGGUAGGCAAAUAGGUGAUUCUUCCACCAUGGUGAACUCCUCCAUAGCUCUUCUCCAAGAAAGGUUCAAGGAACUUCAAAGAGUGAAGGAGAAAAGACAAGAGAAGGAGCUUCUCAAGCUGUUCUCCGAGUCCUCUGAAAGGAAUACCACUCCUUCUACACCGUCCGGCUCGUCGUCGCCUUCCUCCUCCUCCUCCUCUAGGCCGUUGGCGCCUGCCUUUUCCAACCGUAGACCAACAGCUUCACCGCCGGCAGCUCCUCCAUCACUCCUUUCUCUGGGCCUCCACUCCUCGUACGAUCAUCAGUCUUUGAGGAACAACCAAGCAAGCUUUUGGUCGGGUGGAACAUCAUCUUCAUCGUCACAAAGAAGUACUGCUUUCGAGCAUUCGGAUGUCGAUACAUCUCUUCACCUUUGA